AGUGUGUGAGUACCAAUAAAGAGAAGGUAAUAGAGAUCGAGGUAACAGUGAGGGAAAGGGAGAGAAUGAAAGAGCGUACUAUGAGGUGAACUGGCAAACUGUAAAAUAUACGCACAUUCACAGAGAGAGAAAGAGAGCGAGAGAGGGAAAGAAAGAGCGAGCAGAGUCUCUUCGAUGGCCAUGUCGCUUCUACGGGGAUGUAUUCGCGCUAAAUGGAGUGGGACAUUGCAGCAAAACAAUGAAAGGUUCACUGGGUUGACAUGUAACAAUAGAGCUUUGUAUCCUAAAACCCUGCAGCCACACUUGCUGGCAGCUAAACAGAUUGGUUUUCCAUCUCUCUCUCAGAAAACACUUAUGUUAACCUCCACUAAUUCAGCAUGGUGGGACUACUUUCGACCACGUUUAGGGCCAUUUACUCCCGCUGAGAAGAAAGGAAAACAUAUGAUGCUGGCCUCUACUCAUUGGAAACUCGAACGGAUUGUUGCUAUCAGCCUUCUGGGAACACUACCAGCUGCUAUAAUUAGCCCAAAUUCUGUGACAGAUUUUCUUUUAGUGACUUCAUUUCUAUUACAUAGUCAUUGGGGUAUUGAUUCAAUUUUGCAAGAUUACGUAGCAAAGUAUAUUCCUUGGAUCCAGAAGGUUUGGCUGCUUGUCAGCAUUCUUGCAAUGGCUGGAUUACUGCAUUUCAACUACAAUGAUAUUGGCGCCUCUCGUGCUUUGCUCUUACUAUGGAGUAUUCAUUAGUCCUGAAAUUGUACUCCUCCUACUCUGCCGCCCACACCACCCUCUCAGUACUACUCAUUCAGCACAUGCACACACAUAAAUUUAUGCAAACACACACACACACACACACACACACACACACACACACAUACAGUGGAAAUCCUGUUACUUACACAUAACUAAUAUAUAGGAAAUAGAAAUCAGCUUCCAUUGGAAACCUCA